UGGAAUGUGCCAGAGUGGGUAGUCUUGCGCAAUGGAAGCAGAGGCUGCUGCCCAGGCAUUCUUUCAGGCACCCACAGGGAAGGCAAACGCCCCCAUGGAGCUCCCAGAGUUAACACCCAGGACUGCUUCCGUGCCUCCUCCCACUGGCUUCACAUGGAACAAUACCACCUCCAGCUGCUCAGAGAGUGCUGACUUCCAGUACCUCCUCUUUCCUCUGGUCUACAGCCUGGUCUUCGUCCUGGGUCUGGCUGGGAAUCUCUUUGUUUUGGGUUACUUCCUCCGGACCAAGUCGUCCACUGCGCCAGCCAAUGUCUUCCUGGUGAACCUGGCCACCAUCGACCUGCUCUUCGUGCUGACGUUGCCCUUCCGCAUCGUGUACCACGCGCUCCACAAUGACUGGAUCUUUGGGGAGGCCCUCUGCAAAAUCACGGGCAGCCUCUUCUUCGCCAACCUCUACGGCAGCUCCCUCUUCCUGGCCUGCAUCUGCCUGGAGCGCUACGUGGCUGUGGUGCACCCCCUGCGGCACCUGCAGUUCCGGCAGCUCCGGCACCGCGUGGGUGCGGCCCUGGUGGUCUGGGUGCUGCUGGUGGCGGCCAUCAUGUACCUGACGCUUCGUGGGCCCCUGACAAGCUCCUUUGCUGACGGCCGCACCGCCUGCCUUGAGAACUUCUCCUCCAGGUCCUGGAAGGGCCGCAUCUCCAGCGUCAGCAUCUUUGCGGCUGUGGUUGGUUUCCUGCUGCCCCUCCUUCUGAUCGGCGUGUGCUACCCACUGAUUGCCUGGAGACUCCUGGCCUCCCCUGGGAUGCAGCCUGGCUCACGGGCGGUGCGGCGCAAGGCGCUGCGGACGGUGCUCGUGGUCCUCGGGGUUUUCCUGGUCUGCUUCGCCCCCUACCACCUGGUACAGGUGGUCCACACCCUGGGCCGUGUGGGAGUCUUGGGUGGGUGCUCCCUCAUUCGCACUACCUACAUUGCCCGGCGCAUCACCAUGGCGCUCACAAGCCUCAACGCCUGCCUGGAUCCCUUAGUCUACUACUUCGCAGCAGAGCGCUUCUCCCGGCAGCCGGACUGGUGGAAAUCCGCUUGCUGCUGCCAGCGUGCCAGGGGGUGCCAGCAGUCCCCGCAGCUGCACGAGCUGGCCUCUGCCAAGACCGCCUCUUCUGGGGAGAGCACCUUGCCGAACACGGAGUAGUGGGCAAAGGGGGGCUUCCCGCUGGCUGGCUUGUCUCCCACUCCGCGGAAAUUUUCUUAGCCUUGCAUCAAAGUUGCCCAAGUGUGAGCUUGUCUGACGUGCGUGAAGGAGGAAGAGGCUGAGGAAAGGGAUGCAAGUUUUUUUUUCCGAUUUAUAUCCUGCCUUUUUCCUACAAAGGGCUCAAGGCAGCUUACAUCCUUCUCCUCCUCCAUCUUAUCCCCACAACAACAACCCUGUGAGGUAGGCUGGGCCGAGAGUCUGUGACUGGCCCAAAGUCACCCAGUGGGCUCCAUGGCUUUGCUUUUCUCAAGCCCCCUGUAGCUGCAUUCCCUUUUUUGCAGGACUUCAGCUUUUCAUCCCUGGCAUAAAGGUUUGUGCCGGGCGGAAGACCCAGGAAACUGCACAGACGGCAUUGCAACACUAUCCAGCUUUCUGGAAAGAGACUGCUUCCCUGUCCCCAUGCCUUUGCGUACAUUUAUUACUUGUGUGUACAAUCUGAAUGUUUGCACUGAAGUGUGUGGAGUGCAGAUUUUAACACGCAUGUGGGCCCUGGCUGGGCCUUCCACACCACAUUAGAGUAAUCUUUGCACAAUUUCUGGAGGCAACAAUAGUGCUUGCUUAUUUGUGUUCACCCAUUUACAAGGAGGUUGCUUUUUCAGUUUUAUAUACGAACUUAAGGAAGAUAUGCAGUGUUAAAGAAAUCACUCUGAAAAGA